CCGGCCGCCCAGGGAGAAGCGGCGCGAGCCGCCACACAGAAGAUGGAGGCGCGGGUGCUCCGCAGCCGAUGUGUGGCGGAACCGGCCCCUCCCCCGGCGGGCGGCGCCAUUUUCCCCCUGGUCGGUUAGUCACCUAGAGCCGAGCGGCCGCUGAGAGGCCUCGGUUCCUCUCUCCGUGUCUGGUGGUAGGGGAAGGAGGACGGCGCAGCUCCCCUCUCCCCCUGUCCAACCGUCCCUCUGUCUCUGGACAUCAGCCCACUGGGGUUAAUUGGCCACCACCAGGCCAGGCUGCGCCUUCCUUCCUUGCACACCUCUGCGUCCAGCCCCGUGUGUCUGAGCCUUUGAAACAAGUUGCUGAUGUCCAGUUACACCAAAAGUGUGCCAGUAGGAAGACAGUGGUUUAAUGAACGGGUAGAGCUGGUAUGCUCCUAGUCCCUGAUCCUGCAAAGUUUUAUGCAGGUUUGAGACUAAUGGUAACUGCUGACCAAGGCCCUGGUCCUGAGAACAGUUAAAAUCGUGUGUGCGCCUACUCAUAUGACUAAAGUCAGACUUCAGUGCAACUAAAUAUAUACUGGACCAUACAUAAAGCUGAAAAUAGUGCAAAACAAACCCUAUAUGAAUAAGGUCCCUAUGGGAUUUGGUUGCUGCAUGAGCCGAAGGUUAUGCGCUUCUGUUGGAAGACUGGGCCUGUGAAAGCCACAUAUACGGCCCAUAAUAAUAUGAGCAAUAUUGCAGCUAGCCCGAUGUCAAAUGUUGCCUCUUCAAGCAGCGGAAGAGGGACAGGGAAAUCAACAAGCUUUACUCCUGAACUGCAAAGUAUGAUGUUUUCCUUAGGGGAUGUUCGCAGGCCCCUUCAUGAAACAGCAGUAUUAGUGGAAGAUAUCAUCCACAUGCAGCUGAUUAAUUUGUUGCAGCAAGCAGCUGAAGUUUCUCAGCUGAGAGGAGCUCGAGUCAUCUCUGCUGAAGAUCUUCUGUUUUUGAUGCGCAAAGAUAAGAAAAAGCUUAGAAGGCUGCUCAAAUAUAUGUUCUUCCGAGACUACAAAUCUAAAAUUGUCAAAGGCAUUGAAGAAGAUGAUCUCCUUGAAGACAAAUUCAACAGUAGCAGUGUCAACAAACGUCAGAAGCUGGCUCAAGACUUUCUCAACUCUAUUGAUCAGACUGGGGAGCUCUUGGCUAUGUUUGAAGAUGAUGAGAUUGAUGAUGUUAAACAAGAGCGGAUGGAGAGAGCAGAAAGACAAACACGAAUGAUGGACUCAGCCCAGUAUGCAGAAUUUUGUGAAAGUCGUCAGUUAAGCUUUUCCAAGAAAGCUUCCAAGUUUCGUGAUUGGCUGGACUGCAGCAGCAUGGAAAUAAAACCAAAUGCAGUUGCCAUGGAGAUUUUGGCAUAUUUAGCAUAUGAGACUGUGGCACAGUUGGUGGACUUGGCUCUUUUGGUCAAACAGGAUAUGGCUCCCAAAGCAGGUGAUCCAUUCAGUCAUGCAAUAUCUGCUACCUUUAUACAGUAUCACAAUUCUGCUGAGCCACAUCUCUUAGGCCAGACCACAAAUAUGAAGAGUAGUCUUGACUCCCCCGAAAACACACCACCUCCUACGCCCACUCCCCCAGCAUCAGCAGGACCACAACACCUUGGGAAAACCCUGUCCGGAGCCCUGGGGAAUGGAGGCAUUGGACAAGACUCCACCAAAGUCAAACAAAGAAAAAGAAAAAAGAGCACUGCAGCUUGUGGUAUAGAGGCUCAAAGCGAUGCCAUCCAGCCCUGCCACAUCAGAGAGGCCAUUCGGCGCUACGGCCACAAGAUUGGCCCCCUUUCCCCAUUCACAAGUGCCUACCGCAGAAAUGGGAUGACUUUUCUAGCCUGCUAAUAUGGAUGUGGCUGCAGUGACAGGAAAGGCAGUGUUAUAUUAAGGUGAUUUUCUUUUCCCCUCCAUGGAAGAAAAAAAAAAAAGCUCUAAUGUGUCUGUGUACCAGUGAGUGGGCUGGUUUGUUGUGACUAUCUACUGGCUGACUCCGUCUCUUUUUCCAGCCCCCUCAAUCGUUAUUCUUGUUUACUAGCUGGAAUGUUAAGCUAAUUAAUGGCAGGAUGUUUGGGAUAGUGUGUAGGUGGACAAGAAUGCAGAUCACACAAUUUUGAAAUUUGCAAUGGGCUUACUGCUGUCAGCCCCCAUAUCUAAAGUGCAGUGUCAUUUUUUAUUUUUGAAGUCUGUAUGUUUUAAUAGAUGUGUUGUUUUGUAAAGCAGGGUUGACGCAAAAAGAGGCCAAGGAUUUGGAUGAUUAUUUAUGCUUUCCUUGUUUUUUCAAAAGUAAAACUGCAUUGUUUUGCAUUUAAUUCCUCUCAAAUCAAUUUUUUAGACAAUGCUAAAAGAAUAAUACCCUCUCUAGCCAAACAAGGGAUUUUUCAGUGAGGAUGAUGCAUAGGAGGGGAGAUGAGCUAAGUUCAGAUAAGAAGGCUUUUCAGAUAGGAAGACUUCAAGUAAAUGACUUCUGGUCUUCUUGUUUCAGUUAAAUAUUAGUAUUUUUAGAGUCCCAAGGAGCAUCUAUACUGAAAUCUGUAAAUUCUUAAUAUUGAAAUCUCUUUUCUUAUUCUCUUCUCUCCCUUGAAGUCAGUGGGAGUCUUUCUUUUGACUUUAAUGAUCAUUGGAUCUGUCCUUUUGGCCCCAGUUCACAAGGUACUUAAACGUGUAUAACUUUAAGCAUAUUGCUCUGUUGACUUCAAUGGGACUACUCAAGUACUUAAAGUUACAGCCCUGCUUAAGUGCUCUGCUGUAGGGACCUGAUCCUGUUAAUGUUAAUGGGAGAAAAUCCAGGCCCUUAUUUAUUUUUAAUUUCUGUUGCUCCACUUUGUUCUUUUUUUCUUUUUGUUUGUUUUGGGGUUUUGUUUUGUUUCUUCAAACUCUAACUCUCCCUUUAGCCCUCUUCCCUUCUCUGCUCUUCCAGUCUUUGAUAUCCUCACAAGCACAUUCAUUUCUUCCCAUGGAAAGUGUACAUAUAUAGAAGUAACCAAGGUCACGCUUGAGGAGACAAAAAGGCUUAGGCCCAGAUUCUGCAUCAGAAUCUGCUACUGUGCCCCUAUGGCAUCCCGUUGGGACAGAAGUCAGUGCUAGUGUAUCCCAGAGCAGAGUCAGGGCCUUAAAGACUAAAGUAAACCUUUAAGAAAGACAGAACACUCAGGAGACCUAGGAGAUCAACUGUCUGCAUUACUUCUAUAUAGUGUAAGCAGUCUCCUCCUUUGUGCUUAGUAUGUGAGGUUUCAACUCCUGCCACUUCUCUGAUACAGUCUUAUACUUUAUAAACGUUUUCAUUGGACAGUACCUGGACCCACUUGCGAAAAAAAAUUAAACUAAAAACGUGUCUCUUCCUUGUGAUCAACAAAUUGUGAAGCAUUGUAAAUGUAAUCACAGUGCAUCCAAUAUUUCUGCCAUCCAUAAACUGCCUCCUUUUUUACCUGCUGCAUGCCAGUCCUUCUGGAAUUAAUCUGUAUGUAAAGGACUAAAAAUAAUGUGUACAAUACAGUAUAUUAAAAAAGAAAAAAGUUUUCUGAUGUUCCA